GGGGCGGCUCCCGGCCCCUCACGGCGCCGCUCUCGCGAGACCUGCCGCGAUAUCUGCCGCCGGGGCUGCGGCCGGCGGCGUUCCCUUUUCCCGCCGUUUACGCGCGGAGCCGCCGGGAGCCAACCAGGCAAUCAGUUCCACAAAGAAGUACUGUAAGAUGGCUUAAUGUGACAGCACACAAAGCGAGGCAUUUCAGCUCUGAAGAUGCAAGCAGAGUGCCAUUCAACUUCAGCUGAAGAAUUGUAGGCAUUCCUAUUUGAAAAGAUCACCUGAGGGCAUCAUCUGUGCUAAGAAACCUUUCAAAAGAAAGAGGAAUUACAGGCAUACACCUGUCUUCAGGAACAGCUUCAUAACUAUGUUAUUUAAAACUUAAAGUGUGAGAGCGAGCCAGUUCUGCAAAUCAGUAAGUCGAGAGCGGAAGAAACAAGAUGAAUGCAUCUGGAGGAACUUGUGGGAGCCCUAAUUCUGCAGAAUCUUCUGGAGAUUUCUUCAAGGAGCUGUGGUCCAAGCUGAAAGAAUGUCAUGAUAAAGAAGUACAAGGCUUACAACUGAAAAUAUCCAAGUUAAAGAAGGAAAGAUGCUUGGAUGCAGAGAGGCUUGAAGAGUUUUACACCAAGAACCAACAGCUCAGAGAACAGCAAAAGGCGCUUCAUGACACUAUCAAGGUUCUAGAAGACAGAUUAAGAGCAGGAUUAUGUGAUCGUUGUGCUGUAACUGAAGAACAUAUGAGAAAGAAACAGCAAGAGUUUGAAAAUAUCCGGCAGCAGAAUCUUAAACUCAUCACUGAGCUUAUGAAUGAAAGAAACAACUUGCAGGAUGAAAAUAAAAAGAUAGCUGAACAGUUCCAGCAAUUGCAGAAGGAAUUGGAGGAGCAAAAGCAACAAGCAUUGGAAUUAGAAGAAGGAGUCAUUCCAGAUUCUCCAGUUUUGACUUCUUCAUUUUCUAUGGUUAAUCGUAUGAGAAGGAAAAAAGAGAAUAGGCAUAUCCGAUACACAGAACAUACGCAUCCAGAUUUGGAACUUAAGGAGAGCAACAGUGAGUUUGGAAAAAUUCCGCUCUAUUCCACACAAAUGAACAGUCACCACGGAGAAGAGAUACUAGUGGCAGACACCUGUGAUCCACAGCUGUCCCCUAUACCAAGUAAAUCAAGGAUGGGAGGCUAUCCUGUUCCAAAGCCAUCUUUUAACUUGGCUGCAGUUGUUGCAGAAACAAUUGGACUUGCUGUUCAGGAUGAAUCUGAGACCCAGUCUGUAUUGAAUUCUCCCCGCACUAACGCUGUUGUGAACCAAGCUCCAGAGAGCAUGCAGUCUGAAGACUUAAAACAACAUCCAGCUUCUGAAUCAAGAAAUGAUGACAACAGUUUAGGUUUUUUAGAUGCAUCUCAGAAUACUCCACCACGUGUUGACUGGGAUUCUCAGGUAGCUUCUCCAGUUUUUGGAGCUUCCAGCAACAUGAAGAACAACUCAAGUACAUGUCAUACCCCUUGUAUUUUAGAUUCAGGAUUGAAGCCUAAUGUCAAAAUCAACCUCUUCAACAAUCCUUCCAGUUCUAGAUCUCAUAAAAGCAGAUCAAAAUCUGAAGAUGUUGCUUUUGUUGCACCACUGAAUCUUGGAACUGAAAUCAGCUCAGUUAUCAGCCAGGCCUCUAUCAACAGGCAAAUGGUUGUGAAAAAGAAUACUGAGGCUGUAACUUGUGUUGGAAACACUUGUGCAGCUAAAAAUGAGGUGAUCAAGAGUGAUUUCCUUCUUGUACACCAGAAGCAGCAAGAAGGCAGGUGUGCUAAGAGAAAGAAAGUUGAAGAUGAGCAUGCAUUUAGCUGUGAAAAAACAUCCUUCAACAAAGAGAACUCUGUACCCUUUCAAUCAGAUAUUCAGCCUGUUAAUGGGGAACAUACGGUUGAUAAGCCCUUGGAUCUGUCUGAUCGCUUCUCUGCAGUUCGUUGUCAAGAGAAAAAACAAGGGAGUGAGGAGACCUGUAAAAAUAGACUGAAACAGGUGACUCUGCAUGAUGUUUUUUCGCACCUAAGGAAGCCCCUUCCUGAGGGUCCACCAUCUAUUCAGAAUACCAACAAUGAGAGCUGUUCGUUUGGCAGAGAUCUACAAGAGGAACCCUACGUACAAGAGGCAAUGCUGGGAAAAACAUUCCCAGAUAAGAAAAGCCAGAUCCAAAUGAAAGAAGAAAUCCCUCCCUUCAAAAUUGCACCAAUGCCAAGUACUGUAGACACAGAGCAACUUUUUGAUGAUGUAAAGGUUCCCAGUGGCCAUGUACCAAACAGAAAGAAAACAAGAACAGGACAUGGGGAGUCUGAACCAGCAUCUGUGCUUCAACCAAACCCUUGUAGACUAUCAAAAAACAAAACACUGCAAAACGAGCAAGACGCGAAAGAUAAAACUUCCUUAGAAAACCUGCAGUGGAGCAUAGACCCAGGAGCUGACCUUUCGCAGUACAAAAUGGACGUUACUGUGAUUGAUACAAAGGAUGGUUCUCAGUCAAGAAUUGGAGGGGAAGUUGAUAUGGAUUAUACAUACAUUAGUGACAGUGUACUAAUAAAAAUGAAAAAUCAAGAGCAAAACCAGGAAAGCAGUCCAAGAGGAGAAAAAAAAAUGAAUGAUACCAUAACAGAAAUGUUUGAUCGGACAAACAAUGAAGAAUAUGAAUCAUGCCUACCAGAAGAUGGUCUUUCUGUGUGUGAUGAAAAAGAAACUCUUCUUGAAGAAGAGCAGGAUAAAGGAAUACCAGUAGCAAGCAAGAAACUAAAGAAACAUGAGGAUAAACAAGAUAAAGCCAAACAGAAAGCUUUUGUGGAGCCGUAUUUCAAAAGUGAUGAAAGAAAGAACACUAUGUUAGAUUUUCCUCAUAUUGAGGUUAUUCGUAAGAAAGAAGAAAGAAGAAAAUUGCAUGGCCAUACUUGUAAGGAAUGUGAAAUAUAUUAUGCAGAUAUUCCAGAAGAAGAGAGAGAGAAGAAACUAGCUGCCUGUUCAAGACACAGAUUUCGCUACAUUCCUCCAAACACACCUGAAAAUUUCUGGGAGGUUGGAUUUCCUUCCACCCAAACUUGUGUGGAAAGAGGAUAUAUUAAAGAGGAUCUUGCUCCCUGUCAACGUCCGAAAAGGCGGCAGCCUUAUGCUGUAAUGUUCUCUCCGAAAGGCAAAGAGCAGAAGACAUAAAUGAUGGGGAAGUAGGGCAACUUGAAGAGCAUCUUUCCUGUCCUUAGAUAUUUAUAGUUAAUAUAAACUUGAAAUAGAGAACUGUGUUUUCCACAACGAUAAAUCAUUUCAUUAAAUAUGUAAAUUUUAUAAAAUUCAUUUGAAAAUCUGAAGUAUGUACCAGGAAACAAAGCUAUUUAAUGUACGUUUGUUUCAUAUUGUGUCAAUACAUUUUGUAUUAAUUUUUGCACCUGUCAAACACAGCGUCUUUUUUUUUUUUUUUUCUUUGAAGUCAACAGUUACAACUUCAGCAAAUCCUGUCUAAUCUUUGUGUUAUUAAGUAACUUCUUUGAAGUCACUGAGAUCACAGUUGUUCUUGCAAGGUCUUAAAUGCCUGUCAAUGGGAACAGAAAUGUGGAUUUCGUAGGGUGCUUUCAUUUUGCACUGGAUUUUUUUAUAUAACCUUUUUCUUAUUGCAAUAAUAGUUUUAUCUACUUGUAAUAAAACUGUAUUAAAUAUGAAA